AUGCAGUGGAUCUUUUUCCUCUCAGAGAGGGUUCCACAAUUUUAUUCAAUUGAACGACAGUAUAUCGAUGCACCUUCUGAGCCGAGUGGAGGGAGAAAUAUUGAUUUUAUCGACACAAAAAUAAAUUCUACCUUAGAGACAUUCCUUUAUAGUUCUCUUAAUGUUCAUAACAGUUAUUUUGCUUAUUUAACUUCGUUUGGCAGAGAUAUAUUUCCGAUAGGCGGUGGAGCGAUCUUUGCAUCUCAUUCAAGAGUAGUUGUCAAAAAUCAUAAUAAAUCGAAAGAUUUUGGAUUUUAUUACAAUAAAGCUCCAUUAGGAGGAGCAUUGCUAUUAACAAACUGUGAAUCUUUCAUAAAUCAAGUAAAUUUUAUUCAAAAUAAAGCGUUUUUAACUGGUGGUGCGAUAUAUGCAGAUAAGCUUGAGCCAAAGUUUACUGAAUUACUCAUUUUUGACAGUAUUUUCGAAAAUAAUUCAGCAGAUGAUGUAGGUGGAGCAAUAGCUUGCAUGUUCAUGAAUGAAUCAUACAUAGAUUCCUGCUUCUUUAUUGGAAAUGAUGCAAGAAUGAGAGGUGGCGCAAUUUUCAUUCAAUUGACAAAAUCUUCCAUUUUUGAUUCGGUAUUCAAAUUAAAUACUGCUGGAAAUAUAAUAGACCCAGAAAGAGGAACUGCAAAAUUCAUAAAUAAAGAAACAAACAAAAAGUAUUUGCUUGAUGAUUCAUAUCAUUUCAGAGGACGAGGGGGAGCAGCAAUUUAUUACAUGGGUGAUAUAUCAAAUGAAAGUUCCCCAGUAUUAUAUACGCAAAAUACAUGUUUCAUGAAUAAUCAAGCUCAUCGCGGAACAGAUCUUGGAGAAAGAGCACAGAGAGCUGGACAUCAUAUAAUGUUUGAUCUAUGUUGCAAAUGGGAUUCAUACCAUGACUCAUUCUUUGGCCCAAGUUUCGAUCAAAACGUUGCACACGUCAACAGAGAAUUUAGAAACAGUACUCUUAUUGUUAACUAUCUUCCACAAAACAAUACUAAUUGUCAAGGAGAAGUUAUAGAACAAAAGCCACCAAUACAAAUUUCAUUCGCUGAAAAAAUUAAUAAGGAAGAUGAUUCAAAGACUAUAAGUGUUCCAUCACCUUCAAAAUAUAUUUAUCAAGCAACGCCAAUUACAAAACUUCCAAAGGAAACAGAAAGCUCACCUUCUGUUUUACCUUCUCUUCGUCCAAUGACAAAGACAAUUACUAAGAAAUCUAAUACAAUUCCGCAACCAACAAUUUCUUUGUCAAUAGUAAAAGCUUAUGCACAAACAGUCAAACAUGGUUACAUGGGUAAGACUUCAUUAUCUUCAUUUAUUACAAAGACUUCUACUAUCACGCUCUUUGAAACUUUAACAGAAACAUUGAUAGAAACAAUUAAUACUAGAAAUGAACAAACAAUGUUUUGGACAUUUGUUCAUACAAGUAUUCUUAGUGAAACAAAAAUUGGAAUUGAAUUUAUUUAUGAAUAUAUGAAAGGAUUAGAUACAAGAAUAGUGAUUGUGCUUGCUGUACUGGGCUGCUUGUUCAUUAUGUGUCUUGCAAUAAUUGUUCUUUUCCUUUAUAGGAAAAUGGUUCAUGAUAAAUCAGCUGAAACAGAAUCUCUUGAAUCAGAAAAAGAACCAAAUGAUGAAAAGCAAACAAUUGUAAAUUAUGAAGUGGAUAAUAAUGAUAAUGUUAAUGAAGGAAAUAGCGAAGAAAUUGUUGAUGCAGGAAAUCCCGAAGAUGAUGCCUACAUGAAUGGAGACUUUUAA